UUGCAUCACUGUUUCUCAAAAUGUGUUAUUAUUAUUGUAAAACUAAAAAUGCAGCAAUUUCUAAAAGGUCUGCCGAAGGUAGAGCUCCAUGCCCAUCUCAACGGUUCCUUGGGCACCCAAAGUCUGUGUGAUCUUGGCGAGCGACUGUAUGGAAGCUCCUCUGAAGAUUUCCAAAACUUGUGCGCGCGCUUUAGCCGAUUUGAAAAGGACAUGGAUGCAUGCUUCGAGAAGUUUGCUUUUGUGCACGAGCUGACCUCCACGCAGGAGGGUCUGCGAUUCGCCACGGAGCUGGCGAUUCGGGACUUCGCCCAGGAUAACGUCCAGUAUGUGGAGCUGAGGACCACUCCAAAGGCGAACGAAAACUAUUCACGCAGGGAUUACUUGCAGAUCGUGAUCGAUGCAAUCAGACGAGCCAAGGAAACAUAUCCAGAAAUAACAGUCAAACUACUGCCCUCCAUCAAUCGGGCGGAACCAGUUGCCGUGGCCGAGGAAACAGUUUCCCUGGCUUUGGAGUUGGCCCAGGCUCAUCCAAAUCUUAUCUUAGGCGUGGAUCUGAGCGGUAAUCCAGGCACUGGACGGUUCUCCGACUUUGCUCCUAUUCUUGCCCAGGCUCGAGAUAAGGGUCUGAAGCUGGUUAUACACUGUGCCGAGAUCGAGAAUCCAUCAGAGGUGAAGGAAAUGCUGCAGUUUGGAAUGUCCCGCUGUGGACAUGGAACUUUUCUUACGCCCGAGGACAUUGAGCAGCUUAAACAACGGAAUGUUGCGAUUGAAUGCUGCCUCACCAGUAACGUUAAAUCGGGAACAGUGUCGAGUUUGGAGGAGCACCACUUGAAAAGAAUCAUGGAGGCGGAUGCACACAAGGUUAUCUGCACGGACGACAGCGGUGUUUUUGACACCACCUUGACAAAGGAGUUUCUGAUUGCUGCGGAAACCUUUGGACUAACCCGUGAGCAAUGCAUCGAUUUGACCUUGGAGGCAGUGCAUCAUUCAUUCGCCAGCGAACAGGAGCGAACAGAGAUGGCGGAUAGGGUAGCUAACUACGUAGCUAUAUUGCCUAAAUAAAGAAAAAGAAUUUAAUGUCGCCGUCCUAAUGGAAAUAAAUAGAUUCUUCAUACA